AUGAUUCAUUCGAUCUCCGAAUCAGCUUCACAUGCGUUACAAACUUCAUCAGAUGCGAAAAGGGCCUAUCAGGAGCGGAAAAGAUUACAACUUGGUGGAACAGCCGUCAAGGAAGAAGAACCAGCUCGGAUCGCCAAAAAUCAGAAAAAUGAUCUUGACGAAGCUCAUCGAAUUCGUAUGGAUGCAGCUGGCUACAAAGUUGGAUGGUCAUUAGCUGAAAGAUUAUCCAGAGAUAAACCCCGUUUUUCAAAAGCUACACCAGACCCCCUUGAAGUUAUCAAAUUUAUAUGUAAAGACAUUUGGACAGCGAUGUACAAUAAGCAAGUAGACAACCUUAGGACAAACCAUCGAGGAAUUUACGUGAUUCAAGACCAUUCUUAUCGUGCAUUUUUACGGGUCAGUGUUCCGAAAGGAUACGAAUCGGAAAUGGAUGAGAUUUGUAGAAAGAUGGUGAUCUUUCCUUCGGCAGUCAUCAGAGGUGCUUUGAUGAAUCUAGGCAUUCAAUCGAUAGUCUCCGUCGAAAUAGCUAUACCCCAAUGCACAUUUCAAAUCCGUACUGCCAUCACAUCUCCGAACCCUAAUACGCCUCCAGGAAACCCCAACCCUAACAAGCAAAACUAA